CACACUCCAUCCAUCAUCCCAACACACAUGUCAACACAUCACUCACCAUGCGGCGAACAAUUGUGAUUGCAUCCAUCUUCUCAUCACUAUCACUGGCGGCGGCCUUCUAUCCGAUCGACGUGAUCCGCGACUCCUUCAAAGACCCUUCUCCCGCCGUCAUCCAUACCGACCGCAUCGUCCAAGCCAACUCGCAGUCGCAUCAGUCACCCAUGAAUCCAGGACCAGUACAAGGGGCGCCGGAUGAUGACAAUAAAGUGCCUUCAUCUCCCUCAACCGGCGAGACUGGCCCUCCCGGCACACAACUGUCCAUCUCCGACAUCCUGCCGCAGACACGCAAGAUCAACAUCUUCGCCUCAUUGACCCGCGACAUCUCGUCUGUGACAGGCCGCCUUGAAUCCACCAACACUGAUCACAACACCACUCUCCUGGCACCCCUCAAUUCCGCAAUGCAAGCUCUGCCCCGCAAACCCUGGGAAGACCGUCCCGAUGAUUCCUCAAAUGUCCGCGCCGAGAGCAAUGAAGACAAGGCCGCGAGUAACCUGCAGAGAUUCGUCGAGGAGCAUGUCGUUCCAGUCAGUCCCUGGGAAGAGGGCAAGGCUGCCAAGGUGAAGACUUUGGGAGGCCAGGAACUGUGGUGGGAAAAGAACGAUGAUGGCAAGAUGGUCAUUUGGCCUGGUGGUCUGGUCGUCGAUGAAGUCGUCGGUGUCGUGGGCAAUGGCGAGAUCUGGGCUAUCAAGGGUGUGGUCAAUUAUGAGUGAAACCAAACACCCUCUCUUUUAUAUGCUGCGCAACGUAUUAUGAACUGGUAUGGGUUGGGGAAUUCUGCGGGACACCAUUGAAAUUAUGAUGGCAUGAUUGAUGUACAGAUUUUGAUUUUAUUUGGAAGGAUGUGGCUGUAUUAGAUAUACAAAGAGUAAUACUGAUAUGCCUAGGGUCACUUUUCCUUUAACCAAA